UGACGAUGACGAUCGAUCCAGCUCUGCUGUCGGUCGAUAAGCUUGCAUUGUACACAGUCAUGCCCAUUCACGCAUGCCUCUCCUGUUUCUUCAUCUUGAAAAGUCGAGCUCCCUGUUUCCCAUGCGUGCAUCCCACGGCGCACAAGCUGCUGCAUCUGUGAGCUCCUCUGCCAGCCCAAAAUGCAUUGCAUAUUUGCAUCCUAUAUAUAGAUCUCCCCAGCGCUACCAACUCCUUCAUCACUCACAACAUCCAAAACCAUCCCACCACCCUCCACGCACAUCGACCGAGCCACCAUGGCGUUCCGACGCCGGUCAAGCCCUCCGGCGGCGGCGGUGGCCCUCCUCCCGCUCGCGUUCCUGCUGCUAGCCUGCCUCUCCGGCGCCGCCGCGGCCAAGCAGACCGGCCAGCUCACCGUCUUCUGGGGCCGGAACGCGGGCGAGGGCACCCUGCGCGAGGCCUGCGACACGGGGCUCUACACCACCGUCGUCAUCUCCUUCUACAGCGUCUUCGGCCACGGCCGCUACUGGGGCGACCUGUCGGGCCACCCGCUCGCCGGCGUCGGCGCCAACAUCAAGCACUGCCAGUCGAGGAACGUCCUCGUGCUCCUCUCCAUCGGCGGGCCCGGGGACGGCUACUCCCUCCCGUCGUCCCAGUCCGCGGCCGACGUCGCCGACAACCUCUGGAACGCGCACCUCGGCGGGCGCCGCCGCGGCGUGUUCCGCCCCUUCGGCGACGCCGCCGUCGACGGCAUCGACUUCUACAUCGACCGCGGCGGGCCGGGGCACUACGACGAGCUGGCGCGCCGCCUCGACGGGUACAACCGGUUCUACCGCGGGCGGAAGGGGGUGCGGCUGACGGCGACGCCGCGGUGCGGCUUCCCCGACGCGCGGCUCGACGGCGCGCUGCGGACGGGGCUGUUCGAGCGCGUCCACGUCCGGUUCUACGGCAACGACACGCGGUGCGCGUACGGGGCCGGCGCCGGGACCUGGGGCGUCGCGGAGGCGUGGAAGAAGUGGGCGGCGAGGUACCCCGGGAGCGAGAUGUACCUGGGGCUCGCGCCGGCGGAGAGCGGCGUGCCGGAGGGGGCGCAGGGCACCGUCGCGGUGUACCUCAAGUACCUCUACUACGACCUGCUGCCCAAGGUGCAGGAGGCGCCCAACUACGGCGGGGUCAUGGUCUGGGACAGGUUCUCCGACAAGAAGACACGGUGGAGCACCGCCGUCAAGGGAUGGGCCUGAUCUAGCUAGUGAUCUGUUUACUUGCAGCUAGAGCUAUCCUAAGCUAGCUGCUAUGUAUGUAUGUAUGCGUGUGUACGAAUAAAACGAGCUCUGAUCCAUAUAACAAUGAUAAAUGGAUCUGAACUGAAGUUCUAUGUACUUGUCUGUUGUUCUAAUAAGUCAAUCGAAUAAGGAAUGUGUAUGAACACUUUUUCGUA